UCUCGGCUUGUGCGGCGGUGAGGGCACGCCCGGAAUCUGAAAUGGAAUGGUUCAUCUGGUCCUGCCGACUUCCAAUAUUCAUUACGUUCUAGUACUUGUCACCUCUGCCAAAGUGUCAGCCCCCAGAUCUCCGGCGACUUGGCUAAGAUCUCUUUCAGCUUCUAUAUUGUAUCAGUCUCAAGAACCGAUGGCUAGUGAACUGCUCUCUGGCUUCCCUUCCAUUACUACAUAUAUCCCAUUCAGUGGCGCGAUACUAUUUUUCUCUCUGGAAUAUGGAGAUGUCGACAUCUGAACUCAGGGUCCAGUUCAGAUUCAGAGUUUCGCUCUUGUGUCGUACUGUUGGAUCGAUC